AUGGCGGAAUUCGACUUGAUGGACGAUGCGGAGGAGGUCGUGCACCCCCUCUGCCUCUGCCUGAACCAAGACUCCUCGCGUGUCGGCGUGGGCCAUGCCAAGGGAUACGUCGUCUACCGCGUCCACCGCCACAAUACGAACGUAACUGCUGCUGGCGGUGGUGGUGAGAAGAGUGUGGAGGGGGCGAUGACGUCAUUGGGGACGCCUUUCUGUACAACAGUUGAGGUGGUAUUCCCGCAGCGUAGGGCCACAGCCGCCUCGACGCCGACGUCGUGGGAUGUGGCGCUGGGCACGCCACAGCGAUCUCUCUCGGCGCGCGUCAGAAAUGAGCGGGGUGCGCGUCAGAGGGAUGAAGCGGAGGUAACCGGCGGCGAUCCGCUGAUUGCCGAACUCACCCAAAGUCCAACACAACCGUGCCUGCCAGGUGUAGAGGGCGACGAUGUCGCAGGAAACCAGCAGCAGCAAGGCGGUGAGGCUGCCGCCGACGGCACAGCUGCUACUUCCGCGCUGUUUUCGUCCAGCUCCAUGUCAACGCUGCCGGUGGUGCAUAGCACGCAUUUGGUGCGGCCGUCAAGCGACGAGCAGCUUGUGCCGACGGAGGCGGGCGUCGGUGUCAUGGCGCUGCUGUACAAGACGCAGUUUGUCGCGGUUGUCGGUGGCGGCCCGUACCCAAUCGGCCCGGGCAACGUUGUGAAGCUGUUCGUCACGGGCAGCAUGUGGGCCGACCGCCAGGUGCGCGUGCCCGACACGGUAGAAGGGCUACGGCUCGAUCACCGUCUAAUCAUUAUCCUCACCACUGCGGAGCUGCGGCUGCACAGCUUCGAGACGCAGCAGUGUGUUUUCUCACUGCCGCUGCGGAAGGACGCCGUUGCCCCUGGGAUCUCGUCGGGGCUCGGUGCCAGUGGAUCUGUAGCAGAGCAAUGGCAGAGUGGCGCGGCAAGUGCGGCGGAGUUUGCUGCCGCCAUGCGACACCUCGCACCGCUCGCGAUUGACUACGGCAAGAAGUGCCUCUCUUUCCGCAGCUCUGCGCGUGGUUUCAGCUUGGUACGCUACGAUGCAGAGUCAUCGAUGGGAAGCUGGAUGGGCGCUGAGCUGCUGGCAACCGUGCCGUUCGCACACGAGCACAGACUUGCCUCGCUGACGAUGGAUCUUAGCACCCUUUCGGGGUGCAAACGCUGGCACAUCGCCACCAGCAGCGAGCAUGCAACGCUGAUACGUAUCUGGCGCUACUGCGAAAGAACGGACACCUCGUCCCGUGGGGGGGAUGCUUCUGCACCUGCCAGCGUCGGUGUCGGUGAGGCGCCCCCAAGAAGUGACGGUGAAAAUGAUGAGAACCAGCUUCCUGGUUACUUUGUGAAACUAAAGCAGGUGCGCAACGCGACACUGCCAACGCCGAUAUACCAAAUGCAGUUCCUUGGGGAAGCCUUUCUCUUCUGUAUCUCAGGGAAUAUGCUUAAAGUGUUUUUUGUCGGCGAACGUGAGGAGGCGAAGCCGUAUGACGUCAGCACGAAGGACCCGAGCAAGGUUAUUCGCGCGCAGAAUAACCACUCGUCACUGCACCAUCUUGGGGUCGUGUCGGAGUACUUCCAGUCCGAGUGGGCCGCCUGUGAGUGUCUGCUACCGUUGACAGACAAUACGUUUCUCCCGAAGUGGGUGCAAGCCACCACCGGCGCGCAGCGGCUGCAUCUUCUGCGCGGCCUUGGCUCCCUUAGAAGCCCCAACGAGCAGCUGGGCAUCGCGUCUCGCGAGCAAGCCAUACCUCCUGCUGAUGCCGGCACAGAGGAGAGCUUGUUCCUGAGUGGUGGCUCGCAGUGUCAAGGACAAAUGACGCAGAGCGUGCACUCAACGCAACACGCAGAGUUCAGCCUGUCGGGGGACUGGGGCUCUGGGUUUCGCCGCUAUGUUUCACAACAGGUGGUGCCGGUGAUGGAGAGUGCGAGUCGUAUUGCGAUGAGUUACUGGGUGUUUGGCGGAGGUGGGCAAAGCAACUCCAGAAGCAGCGGCGCUGCAGAGUCGCAAUCGGGGUGUGCGAUAGAUCGCAACGGUGGUGCAGAUGGCGGUGGUGGUGGCAGUGGCAACCUGCACGUGCAGCGGGACUACACAACUGUGACAGAGGUCGCGCAGUCGCUCGUUGUGUGGUGGGAGCGGCCGGCGUACUGGCAGCUGGACCGGAUGAUAAAUGCCUCGACGCAGGACUACCCUCGAACUGGUGGUGAGACUGGCACUGGUGGUGUACCGGUGCUGCUGCAGAAGCAGGGUGGCGGCAAGGCAGUGCUGUACUGCGUCACAUGCGACGGCAGCGCCGUCAGCUUUGUCUUUGAUCCUAUUGUGGGGACAAUUGAGUGCAGUAGGGCGGCUGAGGGCUUAUCCUGCUCUGCGGCAACGUAA